AUGUCUCCUUCCCCUUCUACCUAUGUCAGCAAGCCACAUUUGACCCAAUACACUUACACUUUAUCUAUUGUUAAUGCUGACAAGGAAAACCAAUCCCCACAUACACAUACAAAAAGGCCUAAUGAAUCAGUUUCAAUGAGAAAAUUCUUAAAAAGGUGUCGAGCUACAACCCCUUCGACUUUGUCAAGAGAAGACGGUUCUGAGGUGUUAGUUUCUGAUGUCCAAGAUUCUACCAUCUCCAAUGACUCAAGUGUGGUGGUUGCUCCCCGUGUUGGUCUAAGUGGUGGACUAAUGCAACUUUGGAAAAAUGAUGUGGAUGUUACCUUGCUCAAUUAUGGCUCCAGUUUCUUUGAUUGCUACUUAAAGAAUGAAGAUGAACCAAGCUUUCAUUUUAUAGGGUUCUAUGGUUCUCCGAAUAUUUAUAAUCGAUCAAGCUCUUUGACUUUGCUUAAGCGCUUAGCGGAUGUCGCUCCUCUUUCUCCAUGGCUUGCUAUUGGAGAAUUCAAUGAAAUCCUCUCUAACUCCAACAAGUCGGGCGGAGACCCUUUCACUUGGAUUAAGAACCGUUCAACUUUAAAUACAAUUAAGGAGCGCUUAGACAGGUGUUUUGUUAACAACCACUGGGAGAAUAAUUUCACUACUCCAACUGUGCAUCAUUUGGACUAUUACCAUCGGAUCAUCGUGCUAUUAUGGCUAUCUUCAACAUAUAAUCAACAACAGUCACUGAGCAUUAACUCAUGUGUUGAAUCUUUACAAUCAUGGCAUAUUCGAAAAUAUGGAAAAAUGAAAAAGAAGAUCAAUGCUUGCCAAGACAAAGUGACCAAUCUUAACAAUAUUACUGCCCAGACCAGCAGUGAUUUAAUUGAAUUGCUGAAAGUUGAAGCAAUUCUUGAAGACUUGCUCGAACAAAUCCAACAACAGAAUUAA